AAUUAUUUCUCUCUUGCAUUCUAUUUCAAUGUGCAUAUAUAUAUAUAUAUAUGCAUGAUCAAAGACACAAUCCACUAAACCUUUUCAUAUCAUAUAUAUAGUUCUUGCAUAAGCUGGUGAUCAACAUCAUCAGUGAUCACUGAUCACAGAGAUAUGAGAAAGGAGUGUCAUCCAUUGUUAAGGGGAAGAAAAGGGGAUACCAAAUACAAACAUGGAUUUUCUGUUUCUGAGAUGGAGUCACUAGCAAGCAUAUGUGAGGUUGUGCUUCCUCCUUUGCCAAUGGAUGCUCUCAAGAUCAGAAAGGCAGACCAAGCUGAUAAUGAUUCUUGGGAUAGUGUGAAGUCCUUCUGGAACAUUUCUGCUUCUCGUUAUCCAAUCCCUCAUGAGGUUGCUAAGAUAUUAACUAAGAGGGGCUUAAUAGAAGCAGUAUUACUGGUUAGAGUGGUUUUAUGGCUGCUGGCAACAAGGUUGGGAACCUUCUUGUUCUGUGGUUUCCUCUGCCUUGGCGAAAAAUGGCCCUUUAUCAACAACUUCUCAAACAUAUCUUUGGAGAAAAGAGAAAAGGUCAUGCAGAAGUGGCUGAAUCAUAGGUUCCUCUCACCUAUUAGGCUGGCAUUUGUUUAUAUCAAAGUCUUGUGCCUCUAUGUUUUUUUCUCUUGGUUUUUGCAGGUUGAUGAAAACGGUGAUAACCCAGCAUGGAAAGCCAUUGGAUAUGAGGUAUCAGAUGAUGAGAAAUUGUCCAAUGCCUCCAACACUAGGCCCCUUGAAAAGGGGAUUAUAGAAACGAUGAAUGAAUCUGACUCAACUCUUGAACAAUCUCUUGCUAAGAAAGGCCUCAAUGUUACACUGGACUCCAAAAGCAACAUCCUCAAAGUCAAAUGUGAUGCACUAGUUGUUGGUUCUGGAUGUGGUGGAGGUGUUGCAGCUGCUGUUCUUGCUAGUGCUGGCCACAAGGUGGUUGUUCUUGAGAAAGGAAACUAUUUUGCUCCUCAGGAUUAUUCAUCCCUAGAAGGGCCUUCCUUGGAUCAACAAUAUGAAACCGGAGGGAUCCUUGCUUCUGUGGACUCCAGAAUACUAAUUUUGGCAGGUUCAACAGUUGGUGGAGGCUCUGCUAUUAAUUGGUCAGCCUGCAUUAGAACCCCACACAAGGUCCUAAAAGAGUGGUCUGAGAACCAAAAGCUUCCCUUCUUUUCCAGCCAAGAAUACCUUUCUGCAAUGGACACAGUGUGUGAAAGGAUUGGUGUCACAGAAAACUGCACACAAGAGGGGUUCCAAAACCAAGUGCUCAGAAAAGGGUGUCAAAAUCUUGGCCUAAAAGUUGACUGUGUGCCAAGAAACUCUUCAGGGAACCACUACUGUGGCUCAUGUGGUUAUGGUUGUCCAAAAGGAGAGAAACAAGGGACUCAAGCCACAUGGCUUGUGGAUGCAGUUGACCAAGGUGCAGUAAUAAUAACAGGAUGCAAAGCUGAGAGGCUCUUGUUGGAAAGUAACAAGAAUGGGAAUGGAAGCAAAAAGAAGAAAUGCUUGGGAGUGUUGGCAAAAGCCUUAAACAGCAAAGUCACAAUGAAGCUACAAAUUGAGGCCAAACUGACAAUUUCUUCUGGUGGGGCACUUUUGACACCCCCUUUGCUUAUCUCUAGUGGACUAAAGAAUAAGAACAUUGGUAGGAACCUUCAUCUCCACCCUGUCCUAAUGACAUGGGGAUACUUCCCAGAAUCAAACUCAGAACUCAAGGGCAAAGUCUAUGAGGGGGGUAUAAUCACAUCAGUCCACAAAGUCCCAUCAAAUGACUCCAAAUCAGACUCAAGAGCCAUAAUUGAAACCCCUUUGCUAGGACCAGCAUCCUUUGCCUCACUGUGCCCUUGGGAGUCAGGGCUAGACUUUAAACAAAGAAUGCUGAAUUACCCUAGAACAGCACAUUUCAUCACAAUAAUAAGAGACAAGGCCAGUGGACAGGUAACUUCAGAGGGAAGAAUCAGCUACAAGAUAAAUGAAACUGACAGAGAGAAUCUGAGGGCUGGCUUGCAACAAGCACUGAGGAUUCUGAUAGCUGCAGGAGCAGCUGAAGUAGGUACUCACAGAAGUGAUGGUCAGAGACUUAGGUGUAAUGGAAUUGGUGAAAACGAAGUGCAAGAGUUUUUGGACAGUGUGUGUCCAGUGGACGGGGCACUUUCACCAGGUGAACAUUGGAACCUAUAUUGUUCAGCACACCAAAUGGGGAGCUGCAGAAUGGGGGUGAGUGAAAAAGAAGGUGCAGUUGAUGAAAAUGGAGAGACAUGGGAGGCUCAAGGCUUGUUUGUUUGUGAUGCUAGUGUGCUUCCAACUGCAGUUGGUGUCAACCCCAUGAUCACAGUCCAAUCAACUGCAUACUGCAUAUCUAAUAGAAUAGUUGACUAUCUGAGAAAGGGUCAAAUCUCAGAAGUUCGUUGAUUUUUCACCUUCAUUGGAAGCACAUGCAGUUCGAGUUUGGUUAUCAAAUUACACCUAUUUUACUAUGAUGUUGUGUAUCAAAUGGAACUUUCAUUUUCUUGAAUCUUUGUGAUUUAUUUGGGAUGCUGGUGUGUUUGUACAUCACUUUUCUUUACAUGCCUGUAACUCUCUGUAAGGUUUGACGUGGCUGUGCAUGGAUCCUUCAAAGAAACCAAUGCAUCUGCAUGGUUUUAAUGCGAAUAUGACAUGUGUAAUUGUA